AUGUCGAGCCCCGCGGACCUCGAGGUCACAGCCGAGAAUGUCGCCGAGAUCCUCAAGAGUGAUACAAAAGUGAAGGUGGCAGGAGUGGAUGUGGAUGGCAUUCUGCGCGGAAAGCUCAUGAAGAAAGACAAGUUCUUAUCUAUCAUCACCGAGGGAUUCGGCUUCUGCUCUGUCAUCUUCGGCUGGGAUCAACAUGAUGCGACGUAUUAUAAAGAGUUGGCCAUCAGCAACAAGGAGAACGGAUACCGCGACCUUGUCGCAGUCCCAGAUUUACGCAGUUUCCGUCGCAUCCCUUGGGAGAACAAUGUCCCCUUUUUCCUCAUCAGCUUUUUGGAUCCAGACACACGGGAGCCGGUGUGCGCCUGCCCGCGAGGACUGAUCAAGACUGCGGCAGCUAAAGCCGAGGCGGCGGGAUAUCGGGCGAUGGCAGGAGCGGAGUAUGAAUUCUAUCAAUUUCGCACGCCGGGCAACCAUGCUAGCCCCGAACAAGGCGCAUCUGCAACAGCCGCCUUCCUCCAGUCCAACCCGGUCGAUGCGUUACCACCUGUGACAGAAGGAAUGUUUGGUUAUUCCCUCACUCGGCCCCUCCACAACCAGGAUUACUACUAUGGUAUCUUCGACGCCUGCGAGCAGUUCCGAUGCGAUAUUGAAGGGUGGCAUACUGAAAGUGGACCUGGAGUCUAUGAAGCUGCAUUACAAUUUGGGGAAGCGAAGGAUAUGGCUGAUAAGGCGGGGCUGUUCAAAUACGUCGUCAAAGCAUUCGGAAUCAAGCACGGCAUUACCCCAUGCUUCAUGGCCAAACCCCGACAAGGCCUUCCAGGGAACAGCGGACACAUGCACAUCUCCCUCGUCACAGCCGACGGAAAGAAUGCCUUUAUUCGCGAUACCCCCGAUUCAUCCCCCUCUACCCUGAUAUCGCUCAUCUGUCCGACUUGGGGCGACACUUCCUAG